CGCGCGUACGAUGCGUAUGAUGUUUUCACCGCGGCGACCACGUUUCUAACCAGGAGUCGCUGUUCUCAAACGUAGAGUGCGCGACAAGGCUAUGCACAGGGACUCGCGUAUGGUAUCAAUUUCUCGCAAGAUCGUUUGAAUAAGUCGUGGUAACAUGUUUGCACAGAUGGAAAUAAAACAACAAUUGAAAGAGUUGUUAACAUUGAAACGUAGUGGAGAAUUGGACACGGAUAACAAAUUUUUAAAUCCGAAAGAUGAAUGUUCUUGGCGGGAUUCUAUUACUUACGAUUGUUUAGAACGUUAUGUGCAACAUCACGACGAUGAAAUUAAAUUGAAUACGCUUUCGCUUAUAAUAGAAUCGAAAAAAAGUACUUUGAAAUUCACAUCUAGAGAACUCGAUAUAAUUAUCUUGUUUUUACGUGUUAAUUUUAAAGAGAAAUUAGAAUUCGUACCCGUGAUAAAAAAGGCUCUGAAACGUAUGAAGGACAGUUUAGCUGUUAUGAGGCGACAGUGUGUUCAAGAAGAAAAACUGAGAACUCGGUAUCAAAAAAAUUGCAAUCCGUUGGAAAUAAAGCAAGAAGUGUUGGACAAUUCUUUUCAAAUAUCCUGUGAAGUUGAAAGGGAUAUAAAUAAGUAUUGCAAUACUUUUCAAUCUCUGUGCAAUAUGUGUAUAUGUGGCCCCGAUGCUACGUAUUGUCGUAGACGAUCUUCUUUGCAAAUAUUACUUCUGAUGAAGGAUUUGUUAGAUAAUGAAUUCAAACGUAUUACCUGGAAGACUCGUCAAGUGAAAAUGUUGUUCGAUCUAAUGUUGUUAGACACGUACGAGACUAAUAAAGAAAUGGCGUUUAACUUGAUAAAGUCGAUGGAACCAAGGUUGUUACCAUUAGAUGAUGCGAAUAACGUGAACAAUAUUAUUACAGUUGCUAUAGAGUUAGGUAACAGUAUCAGGCCUAUUGACAGUAUAACAGCUGCAUACAUGUUCAAAGUAAGCAUGUUAUCACCUGUUAUACAGAACGUACACGGAUUUCAAUCGAGUUUUAUAAACGUAACGUUGCAACUAGUAUUGAUUCUAUUAAACAAAUUAAAGGAAGCUUUGAUUCUCGCGAGGGAAAAUAUAGUAUUGACGGUUACUAAACAUUCUUUGUACGGCUACCUUUUUUGUAUUCGAAAUUUGUUACAAGAAUGUGAUUUUAAAGAAGUAGAACAGAAAUUAGUUUGGAAACACGCUAUAUCGGAGCUUAUAUGUGUAUGUUUUGAACUUAGUUGUGCAGUUUCUUUGAUAGUUAACAAUUCUUCGCCCGAAGGGCAUUUACCAAUGGACCUAAAUUUACAAACAGUUCGCGCAAUAUGUGGCGCCUCGUCCGAAAAGGAAGUAGUAACCCCACAAAUGGUGCUCCUCUGUUCUUGGCGAACCGUGAAAGAAGUCAGUUUGUUAUUUGGCUUCCUAGCCACUAAAGUACCAAUAUGCGAAGACGAUUCUUCCAUAGAACUUUUAAACGAGGAGCAAAUUAUCAAAAUAGGAGAACACUUGGUCACCUUGCUUACCGAAACAAAGCAUAGAGGGGCAUUCGAACAAGCACACGUAGGCUUUAGUCAGCUGUGUUCUCGUCUUUGGCGUUUGAACAACAGCUUGAGCGAAUUGCCCAAAAUGUGGUUGCACCAGAUAUUGAUUGCGAUCACGGGAAUUAAAGAGGAGAAUUCGAAAUUGUGCGCGACACGGAGAAGCGCGGGCGUACCAUUUAUGAUACAAGCUUUACUAUCUACAGAGCCUCGCCAAUACAAAAAUACAAAGACGACGACAUUCGAUUCUGUGAUGAAAAUUUUGUUAGGAUUCACGCAAUUGGAAAAUGCAAAUCUAUGGAAGAAGAUAAAAACGUUAAUGUACACAGAAUCAGUGUUCUCGGAAUAUGAAAACACAUUUGAAUCCAUACAGUGCAAUACUGAUCAUUGCAUAGAUGGAAGUAGUAUUCAAGUCACGGAGAUCAAAACUCACGCAUUGAAUAUUCUAAGAGCAAUUUUCAGACAUUCUAAUCUUGCAGAAAUAGUAAACAAUUACGUAGCAGAUGGUCUAAUAGCGGCAUUUAAAAGUUACGAUGCUUUGACAUGGGCGGAACGAAACGCGGCAACGUUACUUUUCAGUGCCCUUAUUAUUCGAAUCUUUGGCGUUCAAAGGACGAAAGAUCAUAUUGAUCUCACCAACGAUAACAAAAUGAAUUAUAAUUUAUUUUUUGAAAAGUACCCCCGCUUGUUGCCCUUCAUUUUAAACGAAUUGCAAACAUUUGCUACAGCGGAUAAUACCAUUAUAAAAUCGAACGUGCAAUCGAUUUUAUUAUUGUUAUCACGAUUGUAUCAUAGCCACAGUUCUGAAUCUACCGAUAGUCAGUGGAAGAUCAAUGACCUGGUUACAUUAGUUAUGCAAUGUGCUAAAAGCGAAGUAUACGAAACACGUAAACUAGCGGCAAGGGCGCUUGUAGCAUUAUUAACAGAACGCUCUGUGGAAAAUGUUUUGAUAGAAAUAAUGGAAAAUGUAAUAUCUGCAGAGAAAGCUUGUCUGUCAUUAAAUUUAAUGCAUGGUUACAUGUUACAGAUCUUUGAAAUACUGAAACGUUGUAGCCUUGAACAUUUUCGAUCGUUUAACGUAGAUUGGGACAGAUUUUUCAAUAGAACGACUUGGAUCUUAGAAAAUUUGGAACGUGUAAAUUCUAAACCCUCGUGUUUCUUAUUGGCUGCAGUAUAUAUAAAUGUUUGUAACAAAGUAUGUAAAGUGGAUGAAAUAUAUCUGAAGCGGGACGUAUCGGUGUUGUCUAUGUUGAAAUCGCAUUUAGUAGAAUACGAAGAAUUGAAAGAAGGACCCGCGCGAGAAAAUUAUAAAGUCUCUGUUAUUAAAUUUAUACGAUCUAUAAUAAAAGAAACCCAUCCAAUUCAACAGUCUGUACUAGUUAGCGUAUACGUGCAUAGUUUAAGAUGUCCAGAAACACAAAUUUUUGCAUGGUCGACUCUAAUGGACGUUAUUAACGAAAUAACGGAUACUGACAAAACAAUGCUGUUAUUAGAUAAUGCUAUUGAGAUAAUUCGUUAUUCGAUACAAGACCUCUAUAGAUACAAUCCAGACUUGCAAGAUGCAAUGUUCAAUUUCCUCUAUAACAGCUUGGUAUAUCUCAAUCAGUUUGAGUUGUCUAGCUCCACGAAAACAAUGGAUAUCUGUAAAUUUGUGUUAAACGAAAUACGACUAAACGAUAAUAAAAGCAGUUAUUGCGAGAGGGACAAUUAUUUGAGAUUACUCGGAAAGUCGUAUGUAACUUUAACUUCUCUUGACGACGUCGCAGAAGAAAUCUGUCUGGAAUGUACUAAUGAUGUAUAUGAAAGUUUUUGCGAUAACUUUUGGAUCGCGUCCUUGAACACAGAUUUCAGAGCUUCCGUUUUUCAAAUAACGCGAAGCCUUUUCUUAAUAUGUUACGAACGCGACGAAUACCGAUAUGUACAAAUUCAAUGGUGGACAACAGUGUUGCAAUUGCUGCUGGACAACAAUUCUGACGUACGACACGAGACGUUUAUGUUGAUCGAUCAUAUUCCAAUACAUUGCUCGUUAUCCGAUGAUAAUUAUAAGUUUUCACGUACGAACGUGCUCCUCGAAAAGUUCUAUCAGUGCGUACAUAAGAAAGAUCCAGAGCUUUUCUGCAUCGUGCUCUUUUAUUGGGGCAUUUCACUGUUGGAUGAUACGGACUACAAAAUGGACGAGACAGACGUGUUCAAUAAAUGCACCAACUACGAUUUUUACGAACCAGUGGAAACAUCAAGGGUUUGUGCUCAGUUUUUGUUAGAACACAUGGACGACUCUGUAGAUAAUGUAUUAUCGGACGACAUAAUAGAGUGGAUAAAUUUUCGCUUGAACGUCGAGAUUUCAAAAUCCUUGUCUUUUAGGACGUACGUAAACAAAUAUGAAAGUUAUCUUCCUAGCCUUGAAAAUGAACUUCGCGGCAUUUUAGAUCCGACGUAUAAAAGUAAACUGUUGCAAGUAUUGGCAUACGAACAAUAUAAGAAAAUACUGUUAUAA